GACGACUUCCGCUCACUUUCUAAGAUGUCUGCCCACAUAUGUAAACAUGCGAUGAAUCCUGGCAGCUAAUGGUGUUCAAGUAAAACAGCUCCGUGGUAUUUGUUUAUCUCACGGUCACUUUUGCUUUUGAAUAGUUUAAUAGUAUCCUCCAGUUUUUGACUGUUUGCAGAUUAAACCGCAGUUUUUGAGUCAUUACUGAGCUGGGGAAGCUAACUCUAUCGUGCUAACGCUAGCUAGCAGCAGAGAGCCAUGCCUGCUCCUCAGACCUUAUUCGUCGCCUCUCUUCCAGCCUCAGCUUCGAACCAGCGUCUUGAGGAAAUCUUCUCAGAGGUCGGUCCGGUGAAGCAGUGCUUCGUGGUCAGAGAGAAAGGUGCAGAAAAAUGUCGGGGCUUUGGCUAUGUCACAUAUGCUAUGGAGGAGGACGCUCAGCAAGCUAUGAAAACAAUAAAAGACUACGACGGACAGAGGAUCUCUGUGUCUGUGGCCAAGCAGAAAAUAAACAAAGAUAAAAAGAAAAAAACAGCACCAUCGAAAGAAGCAGCAGCCAAAGAACCAGUUAAAGAACCAGUUACUGAAGCAGUGAAAGAACCUGCUAAAGAACCUGCUAAAGAACCUGCUAAAGAACCUGCUAAAAAAACCGCUCCGGCUUCUAAAGAGAACGAGGACAGAUCUAAAGGCUUCAGGAAGAAACUACUCAAAGCAAAGCUCAUCAUCAGGAACCUCAGUUUUAAGUGUUCAGAAGGUGACCUGAAGCAGGUGUUUUCCAAGUUUGGAACGGUUCUCGAGGCCAAAAUCCCCCUAAAACCUGAUGGGAAGAUGCGAGGAUUUGCGUUCGUCUUGUUUAAAAAUGUGUCUCAGGCAGCAAAAGCUCUUCAGAGUAUGAACCUGAAAGAGAUAAAAGGGAGGCAGGUAGCAGUUGACUGGGCUAUACCUAAGGACAAAUUCAUUGCCACACAGCAGUCCUCCAGUGCAGGAAAUAAAACUACAGACGUGGCAACUGGAAAACAGCCGGACUCAGAAAGUGAACCUGAGGAUGAGGAAGAAAAGAAACCAGCUGCACCAUCAAAAAAAAAAGUCGCCUCUAAACCAGCUGUGCAGCAGGUAGAGGAAUCCCAAACAGAGGAUGAAGAUGAUGAUGAGGAACAAGACAGUGAAGAGGAGGAGGAGGAUGAUGAUGAUGAUGAAGAGGAAGAGGAUAAUCAUGAUGAUGGGAGUAGUCUCGAUUCAAAUGAAAGUCAAGAUGAAGAGGAAGAUGAUGACGUUGAAGAAAGGAAAUCAGCUCAAAAGAAACUUCUCCCAUCUGAUGUGAAAGAGGGCAGAACAAUUUUCAUCAGGAACCUGUCCUUUGACACAGAGGAAGAAGGUCUUGAGGAAGUUCUCCUGAAGUACGGAGAACUUAACUACAUCAAGAUUGUUCUCCACCCAGACACAGAACAUUCAAAAGGUUGUGCAUUUGCUCAGUUUAAAACUAAAGAGUGUGCAGACAAAUGCAUAGCUGCAGCAGAAGACCAGGCCGAGGAUGGUGGUGUUCGUGUAGACGGCAGAAAGCUGUUGAUUGUGGCGGCAGUGACCAGAGAGGAUGCUACCAAACUGAAGGUCGAUAAGGUUAAAGUAGAAACAGGCACCAGGAACCUGUACCUGGCCAGAGAGGGAUUGAUCAGAGCUGGAACCAAGGCUGCAGAGGGUGUACCUGAAGCAGACAUGAUCAAAAGAACCAGAUUUGAAGAAAUAAAGAGGACCAAGCUUCGGGACAUUAGUGUGUUUGUAUCAAAGACUCGUCUGUGUGUCCACAACCUGCCCAAGUCGGUCGACAAUAAAAAACUCAGAACGCUUUGCCUUGAAGCCAUAAAGGCUGGGAAGGGAGUGCGCAUCCCAGAGUGUCGGGUGAUGUAUGAUAGGAAGCCAGAGAAGGGUCAGGUGAUGGGACAGUCGUUAGGUUACGGCUUUGUCCAGUUCCAGGACCAUGAACAUGCACUCAAAACACUUCGUCACCUCAACAACAACCCUGAUAUCUUUGGGCCACACAAGAGACCUAUUGUAGAGUUCUCCCUGGAGGAUUCAAGGAAACUUAAAAUCAAAGAAUUGCGACAACAAAAGAGCAAGCAGUUUUCCCAAAAUCGUCCCUUUAAAGGAGGCGCUAAUCCUCAGGCAGCUGGUGGCGGACAAGGCUCGCGGGAAGGAGGAAGUAAACCCCAGUCGUCAUCAGAGCUGAGAGGAAAGGAAAGGGCUCCCCCUCAGAACCAGAAGAAAGACAGACUCUACUCCGGCUUCCAGACUAACCCUGAGGUUGAACACAUUGAUCUGGAGAAUGGAAAGAAACGAAAGAAGGUUCUGCAUUUACCUUCUCAUCGGGGACCUAAGAUCAGGAUGCGUGAUAAAGGAAAGCAGCAAGGCCCACCCCCCAAGAAAGUGAAACCUGGAUCCAACAGGAAAGAGCCUCAAAGACGACAGAUGGAAAAGCCCAUGCAGUCCAGAAACCAGGUUAAAGCAGCUAAGAAGCCUUUCAAGAGGGAUGGGGACCGUUUCGACAGCCUGGUGGAGCAGUACAAGAAGAAACUGAUGGGUAACGGUGGCAAGAGCAGCAAUGUCAAAAGAAACAAGUGGUUCAAUAGUUAAUUCUCAGUGUGAGUGAGAGAGUGAAUGAGAGAGUCAAUGAGUGUGAGAGAGAAAUUCCCUGGACUCUUAUAAGUUUCUUUAAGAAUCUAUAUUUGACAUCUUGAGGUUUUAAAGUAAAUGUGAUGGUUCUUCAUACAUUAGUUUUGUGUCAGAUCGACCAGUAUUUCAUGUGUUAAACUGAACUGUCACUUAACUUCAGUCCCCCUGCUCCUGCGUGUCUGUAAUACGUGUUCCUGUUGUUUGUUGUUUCCACUAAAACAAACAGAACUAUAUAAAGAGCGUUUCUCUUUGUGUACAUGUGUUUUGAAGAAAAUGUACAAAACCACCUGAAUGUGUGUUUUAUUGUCUUUACAUUAAAUCCAGAUUAUUUGCAGGAU